AUGCAAAGGAGGCGAGAGAAAGGCCUCUGCUUCAAGUGCGAGGAGAGGUUUACUCCGGGCCAUCGUUGCAAACAGGUCUACUUGAUACAAGUGAUCGAUUCCGAAGAUGACGAGUCCACGAUAAACGAGCCCGAACCCGAGGAAAAGCACGAUGAAGGGAGGAACUUAUUUUUAAAUCCUCAACUAGAGAUGAUGCAUAUGGUCAAGGAGAAGAAGGGGCCUAAGAUGUUAAGGUUUGAGGUCGAGAUUUUGGGACGGAGGGUCAACGUGUUGGUCGAUAGUGGGUCAACACUUAACUUCAUCAACCUAGACUUCACCGCAAAGCUUGAGGUGCCCAUGACGGGAAUUGUACCGUUUGGGGUUAAGGUCGCAAAUGGCGAGGAGCUUUGGAGUUCAGAAUUGUGCAAAAAGGUGCCAAUACGUGUACAAGGUGAAGAGCUAAGGGUGGACUUGUAUGCGCUAGAGCUAAAAGGACCCGAGGUGGUGCUUGGGGCCCAAUGGUUGGAGACGCUAGGGUCCAUAACCACAAAUUUCAAGAAAGGCACGAUGGAGUUCGAACGAGACAAGAAGCGAAUCAAACUUUGCACAAUUGACGAGGGAUCCGAGCCGGUCAAGUUAAGGAGUCUUCAAUUCAUUAUCCUUGAGGACAACGAUAAACUCGAAGGGGGGAGGAAUGAUGCAGAUGUGGUCAUCGACCCAUCCAAGCCCGAGGAAGAGCCGCACUUGAGUCAUAAAAAGUGGCGCGAUAAGGGACAGAACGACCCCCGGGACCGUGCUAAGAGGACUCGCAAAGGAUGCGCGAGGGAGCAACACGCGAGACGUAGGCACGCGGCACGCCGGAGUCGCGUGACCACGUGCGCGGGAACAGGAAGCGAGAGACAAGGUCGCGACAAUGACGCGACGAGAGGUUCGCGGUGGGAGGCUCACAAGCGGCUCAAGCGCAAGAAUGGAGGAUGGCGCGAAGAACCCGAUCGGCGGCGCCGUGAGCGAGACGGGGUCGGUGUAAGAGUCAACCGCGGGCAGGUGAAGGAACCGGGUGGGGAGGAUGUUGGGUGGUUAGCACGCACCGCGACCGGCCACGGACGAGCAGUGGGGACCAACGCGCGAUCCAUGCACGCGACGACCAAAGGCAUGCGAGAUGACGCGCGCGAGGAAUACGCUUGCGAAGAGGUCGGAUCCACGCGCAAUGCGUACAGGCACGCGGGCGGGUGCAGCAAUGCGCGAAGGACAGCUGGCGGGUGCAUGGGGCGCGACACGCAAGGACUGGCGAGCAUGAGUCCCCGAAGGACUAGGAGUACCGCGCUGCCUAGGGAUGAACAACGCGACUUGGGGCGCAAGGCAGAAAACGCGUGGGACGCGUGGGGCGCGAUAGAGCCCAUGAUCUCGAAGGACAAGGACUAG